AGUGAAGGACUUGGGGAGGGAUAUGAUGGGGACAUUGCUUUUGCAAGUGCCCUUGAAAUGUUUGGUGGAGGACAUAAUGACCCUAUUAGUGUGGCUUUUGGAGGGCCGGUUAUGACCAAGUUUACCAUAGCACUGAGAGAAAUUGGGACACACAAGGAAGUUCUUCGGUCCCAGGUUGAAACUGAGCUAAAUGACAAAUUACUGCAGUUUGUCAAUAUUGAUUUACUUGAGGUCAAGGAAGCACGUAAACUCUUUGACAAGGCUAGUCUCAUUUACGACCAGGCUCGUGAAAAGUUUCUUUCACUGAGGAAAAGUACAAAGAGUAAUAUUGCCAAUGUUUUGGAAGAGGAACUUCAUAAUGCAAGGUCAACAUUUGAGCAGGCUCGUUUUAAUCUAGUAACUGCUCUUUCAAAUGUUGAAGCCAAAAAGCGAUUCGAGUUUCUGGAAGCUGUCAGUGGGACUAUGGAUGCACAUCUUCGAUACUUCAAACAGGGCUAUGAAUUAUUGCAUCAGAUGGAGCCAUACAUUAAUCAGGUCAUUACCUAUGCACAUCAAUCAAGGGAAAGAUCCAACUAUGAGCAGGCAGUUUUAAAUGAAAGAAUGCAAGAGUACAAAAGACAGGUUGACAGAGAGAGCAGAUUGUCUUCUAAUGGUUCUAAUGGUUCUCCUAAUGGAGAUGGUAUACAAGCAAUUGGUAGAAGUUCACAUAAAAUGAUAGAGGCAGUAAUGCAGUCUGCUGCGAAGGGAAAGGUUCAAACCAUUCGACAAGGCUAUCUGUCAAAACGUUCAUCAAGUUUGAGAGGAGACUGGAAAAGAAGAUUUUUUGUCCUUGAUAGCCGUGGGAUGCUUUAUUAUUACCGUAAGCAAUGCAGCAAAUCAUCUGGGUCUGGCAGUCAGCUUUCCAGUCAGCGAAAUAGCUCUGAGAUUGGAUCUGGAUUAUUGGGUCGGUGGCUUUCUUCUUCUCAUCAUCAUGGUGGUGUUCACGAUGAAAAAUCUGUUGCCCAUCACACAGUGAAUCUACUUACGUCAACAAUUAAAGUUGAUGCUGACCAGUCAGAUUUGAGGUUUUGUUUUCGGAUAAUUUCUCCAACCAAGAAUUACACUUUGCAGGCAGAGAGUGCACUGGACCAAAUGGAUUGGAUUGAAAAGAUAACUGGUGUUAUAGCUUCAUUACUUAGUUCUCAGGCCCCUGAAAGGUGUCUUUCUGCCAGUCCCAUGGGAAGUGGUCAUCAUCGAUCUGCCAGUGAGAGUAGUUCUUUUGAAAGUUCUGAUUUUGAUCACACUGCUGUUGAAGAUUAUAAUGCUGAGAGAAACCUUGUUAUUGCUCAUAACGAACGCCAAUCAAGGGCUUCACAACAUCAAAGGUCCUGUCUGAAAAAUGAAAAGCCAAUUGAUGUACUGCGAAGAGUUUGUGGGAAUGAGAAAUGUGCAGAUUGUGGUGCCCCUGAACCUGAUUGGGCAUCGUUGAAUCUCGGUGUUCUUCUUUGUAUCGAGUGUUCUGGUGUUCACCGUAAUCUUGGUGUUCAUAUAUCAAAGGUUAGGUCGCUUACUCUUGAUGUAAAAGUAUGGGAUCCAUCUGUUAUAAGUUUGUUUCAAUCGCUCGGCAAUACCUUUGCUAACUCAGUCUGGGAGGAAUUGUUGCAUUCAAGAAGUGCUUUCCAUGUUGAUCUUACCCUCACGGGCUUUUACAAGUCUGAUAAACCGCAGCUGCUGCUUAUGGGAAAGCCUUGUCAUUCUGAUUCUAUAUCUGUAAAGGAGAAGUUCAUUCAUGCAAAGUAUGCAGAAAAGCUUUUCAUUUGCAAGCCAAAAGAUGAGCAACGUCCUCAAUCAGUUGCACAACAGAUUUGGGAGGCUGUUCGUGCCAAUGAUAAGAAGGCUGUAUAUCGUUGCAUUGUUAAUUCUGAAGCAGAUUUAAAUGCAGUGUAUGAACAAUCUUCUGUGUCUUCAUUAACCCUUGCCAAAGUGAUGCUACUGCAAGAACAUUCAAAUGUAGGAAACAAUUCCAGUUACAUCACAGGGGAUUCAUCAGACAGAUCAUCCGCUAGCUCUUUCAACUUGGUGAGUACCAGUGAAGGCCAAACCGCAGACGAUUUAGAUGGUUGUACCCUACUUCACCUUUCUUGUGAAACUGGAGACAUUGGUAUGAUUGAACUUCUGUUACAAUAUGGAUCAAAUAUAAAUGUAAUGGAUUCAAGAGGUCAAACACCCCUUCAUCGAUGUAUUCUCAAGGGAAAAGCUGCACUUGCUAAAUUACUCCUUACCAGGGGAGCUGAUCCGCAGGCAUUAGAUAGGGAAGGUAAGACCCCUCUUGAGCUUGCAGUGGAGUCAGAUUUUGAUGACGGUGAGGUACUUGCUUUAUUAUCCGACUCAAACGGGUAACUAGGGUAAAAAAGAGUUAAAAA